CGUUCAUCAGCUCGCCAGCGCUUGGUGAAAAGCAGCAAAGCAAGGAUGGAUGUGGACAGCCUUCUCUUGAAUGGAAGCAACACGACGCCUCCCUGCAAACUGGGGAUCGAAAACGAGACACUUUUCUGCUUGGAUCAGCCCCAUGCCUCCAAAGAGUGGCAGCCAGCCGUGCAGAUUCUCUUGUACUCCUUGAUAUUCCUGCUCAGUGUGCUGGGAAACACGCUGGUCAUUACGGUGCUGAUUCGGAACAAGAGGAUGAGAACGGUCACCAACAUCUUCCUGCUCUCCCUGGCUGUCAGUGACCUCAUGCUCUGCCUCUUCUGCAUGCCGUUCAACCUCAUCCCCAACCUGCUCAAGGAUUUCAUCUUUGGGAGCGCUGUCUGCAAGACCACCACCUACUUCAUGGGCACCUCUGUGAGUGUCUCCACCUUUAAUCUGGUAGCCAUAUCGCUGGAGAGAUAUGGUGCAAUUUGCAAACCCUUACAGUCCCGCGUCUGGCAGACAAAAUCCCACGCUUUGAAGGUGAUUGCCGCUACCUGGUGCCUCUCCUUUACCAUCAUGACUCCGUACCCGAUUUAUAGCAACUUGGUGCCUUUUACCAAAAAUAACAAUCAGACCGCGAACAUGUGCCGCUUUCUACUGCCAAAUGAUGUCAUGCAGCAGUCCUGGCACACCUUCCUGUUACUCAUCCUCUUCCUUAUUCCUGGAAUUGUGAUGAUGGUGGCAUAUGGAUUAAUCUCUCUGGAACUUUACCAGGGUAUAAAAUUUGAUGCUAGCCAGAAGAAGUCUGCUCGAGAAAGGAAGCCGAGCCCCGGCAGCAGCGGCAGAUACGAGGCCAGCGAUGGGUGUUACCUGCAGAGGUCCAAGCACCCAGGGAAGCUGGAGCUGCAGCAGCUGUCCAGCAGCGGCGGCGGCAGGCCCAGCCGCAUCAGGAGCAGCAGCCCCGCGGCCAACCUGAUGGCCAAGAAGCGGGUGAUCCGCAUGCUCAUGGUCAUCGUGGUUCUCUUCUUCCUCUGCUGGAUGCCCAUCUUCAGCGCCAACGCCUGGCGGGCCUUUGACACCGCCUCUGCAGAGCGCCGCCUCUCCGGGACCCCCAUCUCCUUCAUCCUCUUGCUCUCCUACACCUCCUCCUGCGUCAACCCCAUCAUCUACUGCUUCAUGAACCAGCGGUUCCGCCUCGGCUUCAUGGCCACGUUCCCCUGCUGCCCCAACCCUGGUCCCCCAGGAGCGAGAGGGGAGGCGGGGGAGGAGGUGGAGAGCAGGACCACCCGGGCCUCUCUGUCCAGGCGCUCGUACAGCCACGCCAGCGCCUCUGCCCCGCCCCCGUGA